AUGGCCGUCACCCCUUCAACGUCCUCUGCAAGAUCACCAGGCUGCGGCUCCAGUGUGACUGGGGGUCAGAAACUCCAGAGCCAGAAACCGGCGACAAAGAACGAAAGGCCAAAGGGUGUCCCAUAUAAACGAAGCUACGUGGCAUGUUUGCGUUGUCGUUCCCGCAAAGUAAAAUGUGAUCUCGACGCGGAACCUCCCUGCGCCAAAUGCCGCCGCGAGCAUCGAGAAUGCGUCUUUAAGAGCGAUUACAAGACGGGUCGACAGCGUCAGCCUCCUCGAUGGGUGGAAAGUAGUCACGAGCCCGAAAUGACGGUCAACAAUACACCGGCACCUGUGGGCCUGACUGAAGAUAUGGCUCAUGCGCAGCCCUCGACGACCAGAGACAAAGGCUUCAGCAGCAACGUUAGCCACCAAUCCGCUGGCCCUCGGCCGUCUUUGAUGGAGCGCGCUAUGUCCAAAAUCAUGAUCGUACCCAAAUCCGAUGAUGUAUUGGCCACGCCGUUUCCAGCCGACUCAGCCAUCGGACUUGAAGAUAUGGCAAGCAAUAUAAGCAGCGCAAGUACCGACUGCUCCAAUCUGCAGGCUCACUUGACAGAACAAGCCAUCCCAUCCGCCCAUGGCGACUUGGAUCUGGACGUCAUCCGUCAACCCCUGGCGCCUGGGGUAUCUCGGCUUUCAAAGGUUGAGGACAAGACUCUAGAGGCCUGGAGCCGAUAUAGCCUCGUCCGGCAACGUUGGCUCCUCGCACAAGAAGCCGUCACGCUUGCCGAUCUCUUUUUUGAGUACCUCUCUCCAAUGAGCCCGGUGCUCAUGUCGGAGUACAAAAAUCACUCGACUCAUCAAAGACUGAUCACGGAAGAGCCUAUGCUGUGUACCACUAUCCUUAUGAUCUCGUCUCGCUUCUUUGUCUUACCCGGUGCUGGAGGUGUCGUGCGCAGUUACAUGAUCCAUCAGAGAUUGUGGCAGUGCUGCAGAGGUUUCAUUGAGCAGGUCGUUCUGGGGCGCGGCACCUACUCGGCUAAAAGAACGUCAGUCCUCAGCAUCAUCGACAGCUGUCUUUUAAUUACCGAUUGGCAUCCUCGAUACGCCGAUUUUCCUUCCGAAGACGAAAUAGGCGGCGAUUUGUGUCCAAGCCAGCAACCCGACCAGCCCUAUGACACCACGCGUUCGGAUUCCCAUCUGAUCCGCUGGCGAGAAGACAUACUCGAACCCUCCAAACAGUCCGACCAUUUUUCGUGGAUGCUGCUUGGUAUUGCAACCAACCUAGCCUGUAAAUCGGGACUCUUUUCUGACGGCCCCGUGGCUGAAACAUUGGAUCCCAAGGUCCAGGCCAGGUCCAUACGAACAACCAAGUUGCUUUACGUUUACUUGACCAACCUCUCCGUUCGGCUCAGUUGUCCAUCUCAUCUCCCCGAGAAUUCCAUCUUUCCUACCCAAGGCACCUCUGCUAUUCCCAGGGACAAUCCUCUGGCCAAGGACUGGGACUUUUUUAUGGACUGCUGGCUAGAGCUUGUCCGCCUGAUCAAGACAGCCUCAGUUUUGUUUUUCGAGUCACCUGCGUCGACCCAGAAACAACUCUUGACCGGGCAUUAUGCCAUUCUGUUGGACCAUUUUGGGCCGUCUCUGACACGCUGGCAAGCGAAGUUUGCGACAUACUCAAAUAGUCUGCCUCAAUCCCUACGAGACCUUCUACUGAUUGAAUUCCAAAAUUUGCGAGUCUAUACCCACGCCCUGUCGAUGCAGGCCAUUGUGGAAAGAGCUUUGGCUUGCGGGAUGAGCGGCACGGACCCUCUACAGACGAACAUCACGUCAACAUGCUUCUCGAGCUCCGACUACGUGUUCUUGCAAGAAGUUGUCAACGGUGCCAGUGAGAUUCUCAAAACAGCCACCAAAAUGGCCUUGUCUGGCAACCUUCGAUACAUGCCGGUCCGACAGUCACUCUGUUUUAUCUCGGCCGCCAUUUUCCUCCUCAAAGCCAUCAGCAUCGGUUCGGGGAGCAUUGAAAUCCAGGCAUCCCUGGACGUUUUGGAUGACUGUAUUGUGGCCUUAAGGUCGUCUCCCAUCGAUGACAUGGAUUUCUCCUCGAGGUUUGCCACCCUGAUCGAGAAGCGAGUGGCCAAGUUUAGAGAUUCAUUCAUGGUGGUGCGCCAUAACAGCAAUAACAUCAACAAUAGUGCACAUCACCAAAACCACCCCGACGACAGCCGGCCGAGUUACCACGAAAUGAGCGCGACUGGGGUCAGUUCGGAGCUCUCGACCUUCAAUGCCAGCCAGGACCAGGUCGGUCCAGCGUCAAAGGCCACCGAAAAUCUCGACAAGACAUCGCCUGGAUGCGCGGACUGGUGGGCCCGACCAUUUGACAAAAGUAUCGCACCGUUCAGUUCUUCGGGCAAUUUCAUCUCUUCGGGUCUGGAGCUCGACUCUCUUGAUUUCUUGUGGAAUCUGCCCAUGGAGAAUCAAUAUGGAGAGCUAUUUCCUUGA